AUGUUUGGAAUCUCGACUAUUCUUUCGUCCUUGUUGCUCUUGAGCACCUUGGCCUCUGCCUCACCUGCGCCUGCUCCCGCCGGCGUUGUGGCUGACGUCGUAGAUAUCGCCGAGCGGGCGGUCACCUGCAAGAAGAAGAGCUAUGGACCGUUUAGGCUAUACGCUGCUCCUGCUGGGUCGAGUGGAGAGGACUGGGUUCUACUCAAAUUGAUCGACUUGUACACUCCUCGUCCUACGAACGACACCAUCCAGGCCUUGAGCAUUUGCACGGCCGAUGAUUGUGGACACCUCCCUUCGUAUUGGACCUUGGACGACCAAGUCUUGCACGCCGUGUUUGCCCCCGAACGCGAGGGAUGGUCAACGGCCGGUCUCCGCGUUCAAGUCGAUUCGCAAGUGAGAUUUGUGACCAGCGACAAUGCUUCUGUCGUUCGUCAACAGGCCAAGCAAUACUUGGUCUCCCUGGACGAUUGGCCAUUGCCGGCAGCCAAGAUGACUUUUACUAUUGCACCAACAUCCCCACUGUUGGCACGCCCGCUCGUGCAGAUAUCUACUACAAGCCCGUGUUCCCCUCUACGGGCGGUGAUUUGGAGAGGUACUGCACCAAGGUCUAUCUCGUCAUGCAGUCGAUUGGUAUCAUCGCCGAGCCCAUCCCCGCGUAAACAGAGUAGUGAGGCCAUGUAG